AUGGAUCCCAUCUCUCCACAAGGUGUCACAUUGCCGCUGCCCAAACCUCAUUCACGGAGGAAAACUCCUCGUGAUACCGAGUAUGGAGUGCUUGAAUCUCGGAACAUCAACAGAGUCUCGUUUGGUGAUUACGAAUUCAACACCUGGUAUGGGAACAGUGCAUACUUUCUAGCCAACGGUGAUCUGGAACUCGGAAUCGACACGCUAGCGAAGAACAUUGGUGCCAAAAGGAAGUUUUCUGCGGCUGCUCUGGAAGGUUUUUGGCUCGACAGACUCCAUGUUUGUGAGUUCUGCUUCAAAUAUACUGACAAUGAGAACAAGAUGGUCCAGCACCGGUCUGUUUGCCAGUUGGCACACCCGUUUCCGCCACUAGGCAAAUUGCUUUACGCUGACAUGAAGGCUCCAUAUCUUGUCAAGAAAGUUCGAGGCUUUCGCCACGAAUUGUUCUGCCAGAAUCUUGCUCUCUUUGGAAAGCUCUUUCUCGACGACAAGUCGGUGUACUACAACGUAAAGGCAUUUGAUUUUUACAUUCUUUAUGGCUAUGAUGUUCACGAUGACGAGAUAGCCGGGUCAAUUCUUCGAAAACGGCUAAAACCCAUGGGCUUCUUCUCUAAAGAAGUCAACUCAUGGGAGGCUGACAACAACCUCGCAUGUAUUUGUAUAUUCCCUCCUUACCAGCGUCUUGGGCUUGGAUCUCUACUAAUUGAGUUUCUGUAUGCUUUGGCAGGGGCCACGCCUGGUCAAACGUGGCUGGGACCUGAAUUUCCUUUAUCUCCAUAUGGAAAAGUGGCCUAUCUUGGCUAUUGGUCCAAACGUUUGGCAUUUGUGCUUUUGAAUGACUUUCGAGGACGUGAUAGUGUCACGUUGGCCGAAUUGGCUUCUCGGACGGGCUUCAGAAAGGACGAUAUCUUGUUCACUUUGGAAUACAUGGAAGUGCUCCAGGAGAGCAAGAAGGAAAGUGUUGAAGAUGACAGCGUGUCACUAAUAUUGCUGAAUCUACAUCUGUGGUGUUCCAAGCACCAUGUCAGCGAAAGUGUUAUGGCCAGCAUGAUGAACACGCUGUGCCUCCUUAUUUAA